GGACUGCGAUGUUUUCCCAGCACUAACAACAAGCAAAGAAUGCCGAGUCAUAAUUAAAAAAAAAGAUUUUGUGGAAGGAUAAAUUGUUGACUAAAGAACAGUAUAGUAGACAAACAACUAACAAAAUGACGGUGAUAAAUCGGAUGGAAAUCGAGUCCGCUUACCAAAAAGGCGAAGGAUUCCGUUCAUAUUAUAUCCAAAAGAUCGAGGAACUCCAGCUAAUUGUUGCCGAAAAGAGCCAAAAUUUGCGGCGCCUGCAGGCUCAGCGCAAUGAGCUUAAUGCGAAAGUUCGUAUGCUGCGUGAGGAGCUGCAGCUGCUUCAAGAACAAGGCAGCUAUGUGGGCGAGGUGGUGAAACCCAUGGAUAAAAAGAAGGUGCUGGUCAAGGUGCAUCCCGAGGGCAAGUUCGUGGUCGAUCUGGACAAAAACAUUGACAUUAACGACGUUACUCCCAAUUGCCGUGUGGCCUUGCGCAACGAGAGCUACACUCUGCACAAGAUAUUGCCCAACAAGGUGGACCCGCUGGUCUCACUGAUGAUGGUGGAGAAGGUGCCCGAUUCCACAUACGAAAUGGUCGGCGGCCUGGAUAAGCAGAUCAAGGAGAUCAAAGAGGUAAUCGAGCUGCCCGUCAAGCAUCCUGAGCUUUUCGAUGCCUUGGGUAUUGCCCAACCCAAGGGAGUGCUUCUUUAUGGUCCACCCGGUACUGGCAAAACUCUACUGGCCCGUGCCGUUGCCCAUCACACCGAAUGCACAUUUAUUCGCGUCUCCGGCUCUGAGCUGGUCCAGAAGUUCAUUGGUGAGGGAUCCCGUAUGGUGCGCGAACUCUUUGUUAUGGCCCGUGAGCAUGCGCCAUCCAUUAUCUUUAUGGAUGAAAUCGACUCAAUUGGAUCGUCGCGUAUCGAAUCUGGAUCUGGCGGAGAUUCCGAGGUGCAGCGUACCAUGUUGGAGCUGCUAAAUCAACUCGAUGGCUUUGAGGCCACCAAAAACAUUAAGGUAAUCAUGGCCACCAAUCGCAUUGACAUUCUGGACCCGGCUCUCCUACGUCCAGGCCGUAUUGAUCGCAAGAUCGAGUUCCCCCCACCGAACGAGGAGGCACGUCUGGACAUUCUGAAGAUCCAUUCGAGAAAGAUGAACCUCACCCGUGGUAUAAAUCUCCGCAAGAUCGCCGAACUGAUGCCUGGAGCAUCUGGUGCCGAGGUCAAGGGUGUCUGCACAGAAGCUGGCAUGUAUGCGCUCCGCGAGCGUCGUGUUCAUGUCACCCAGGAGGACUUUGAAAUGGCCGUGGCCAAGGUGAUGCAGAAGGAUUCGGAGAAGAAUAUGUCCAUCAAGAAGCUGUGGAAGUAGGGCAACAUAAUUAUACCUUUGCUUUAAAUAUAUCAGUUAGUAAAGUAAA